AUGUUGAACGUGGAUCUACCUAUAAAUAAUCAAGAGUUUGAUAGAUUCAAUUUAUUGGUACCAUUUUCGCAACUCAUGGGAUUCCUUAAGAAAAAGAAAAGUCCUACCACAGUCAACCAGGACGAAGUUUUCUACGACGGGAUCCCACGUUACGUCGAGGUGGACCGCGUCUUUGCCAACUCCGAUGUCACCGCGCCGCCUGAGUUUCCCGAAAUCACGGAGUCACCGCCGACGAUGUUUUUUACGACGGAAUCCCACGCUAUGCCUACAAGCUUUAGCUCAAAGCAACCUACCGUUGUAUCGGAUGUGAGUUCACGUUUGGGAAGAGCUACUAGACCAGGGAAAGUAUUGGGUUUUUGGGACAGUUUUGGAAGCGCUAGCAGUAAGUUUGUUUCGGGGACUACAAUUUCCAUCUUAGCAUUUGAGGUUGCAAACACUAUUAUCAAAGAGGCUGUCCAUGAUCUAGUGUCUAAGGAUAAGGAUGAGCUUCUUAGGAUUGUUGCCGCUGACAAGUUGCAGGAGUUGAAACUUUUUCUUGAUGAGGUGACUCGUUUUGGAAAUCGUUCAAAGGAUCCUCAAUUGCGCAACUUAGAUCUUUACUUUGAGAAGAUUAGCAAUGAAUCAAGUGCUCAAAGACUCUCGAGAGAUGAGGCAGAAUCAUUAAUGCAAGAACUGAUGACUUCGGCCCAAUUUACAGUUGAGUUGUACCAUAAACUUUCUGCGCUGAAUAGACUUGAAGAAGAUUUUUUGCUUAAGGGUGAAAAGGAGAAUCAAAGAGGUGAUAACCUUGCAUUCUUGAGAGCAACAUUUAAAAGUCAAAGGAAGCAAAUUAAACAUUUAAAGAAAAAAUCACUCUGGUGUAGAAGUUUGGAGGAGGUUAUUGAGAAGCUUAGUGAUAUUGUCCUUUUUAUACAUUUAGAGAUACGCAAUAGCUUCGGGAGUGCAGUUUGUAGUGAAAGAUGUAUUUUGCAUGCACGGGUACAUGCAGAUGGCCAAAAACCAAUAAUUGUACACAUUGGCGAUCGCCAAAGAUUGGGCACCGCUGGCCUUGCGUUGCAUUAUGCAAAUAUAGUGCUUCAAAUUGACACCCUUGUAGCCAGGUCUAUUUCUAUGCUUGCAAAUAGAAGGGAUUCAUUGUAUCAAAACUUGCCGCCCAAUAUUAAAUCAACUUUGCGUUCCAAAUUACCAUCCUAUCAUGCUGUAGAAGAGCUAACUGUAGCAGAAAUCAAAUAUGAGAUGGAGAAAACAUUACAUUGGUUGGUUCCAAUUGCCGCAAACACAUCCAAAGCACAUCAUUGUUUUGGUUGGUUAGGGGAGUGGGAUAACACAGCCUCUGAAGUGGAUAAGAAAGUUUUCCAGGGCGGUGUAAUGCGGAUCGAGACAUUCCACUAUGCCUAUAAAGACAAAGUAGAACAUUAUAUUCUUCAACUUCUCUUAUGGCUUCACCGCUUGGCCAUCAAAAGCAAGAUUGGUAAUAGGGGUUUGCAUGGUUCAUAA